GAUAUGACAGAGGAAGAGGCUAUGAAACUUGCCAGAAGGCCGACCCCACAGGAGCUAAGUCGUCUGUCACGUCUAGUAGACGCGUCAUCAUGUGAACUGUUGUUUUGUGGACUAGGUCUUCCUUACCCAGACAUCCAUACCACGGUACGGGAGUCAUCGCGGAUGGCAGGAAGUACACUAGUCACCAAGCUGUUUUUUUUAAAUGGACAAACGCCUACCCGAAUCAGACGUUCAAUCACAUCAAACAGGCUAUGACGGAAGUUGGCAUGGCAACUGACCGCAUCUUAGAGGCGGUAGAACCUGCGGAGGGAAUUAUAAGUGAAGACAUAGUCCCACAUGACGUGUUAGCAAGACCUCCAUCUGGUGAUGAAAUCAAGAAAAUAGCCACUUUCAUUGGCGAUACAUUCUUCAACCUGUUCCUUGAGCUGGGAUUGUCACCUCCAGUCAUAGAGCAGCAUAUGCUGUGUCAGUCCAGUAGCUUUCAUCAAAAAAUGAAAGACCUCCUCCAGUGUUGGAUAGAUAAAUUCAAGUUGCAGGCAACCAUAGGCAGGUUAUUGUCUGCGAUGAAACUUUGUCAGAUGGACUGGUACACAGCAGUACAAAUCUGGGCGAGUAACGAUACUCGAUGGAUGCGUCCAGUAAAGGAUACAUGGUGUGUGGUUAUUUAA